UUUGCCCUCUCCCCAACGCACAUUGUUCACCCUCAUCUGAAUGCGAGAGAAGGUGUAGCACUCCCAGGAACUCUGUGCGGUGGGAAAACUCAAAGACUUUUGGAUCGCUGUCAGCAGCAGUGUUUGGAGGCAAGCAUUUUGAGGUUUUACUUUUGGACUGUUUGGUUUGAGUCCAGGAGGCCAAAAUGGAAAUACACUUGGCAGAGGCCCCAGGCGCGGUGAAGGUCACAGAAUGGCAACAGUCGUAUUACGGGACAGAUUCAGGCAUCCAGUCAGGAGCCACUACAGUUCGCUCAGAUAAAGAUGGAACAGAGUACAGCACCAAGAAGUUCAGCUACUCCACCACAUUCUCAGAGAACCCUGCAGACGUGGAGUCUCAGUAUAAUAUGACUCGUGCCCAGCGUGUGAGGGCGGCCAUGUUUCCUGAGACAGUGAUGGAGGGAACGGCCAUCCUUUCCACACAGAUGGAUCCGUCCCAGCAGACCAAUGUACAGAAGCUGGCCGAACCGUCUCAGCAGCUCAAAGCCGCCAUCAUUCAUCUCAUCAACUACCAGGACGAUGCCGAACUCGCCACACGCGCCAUUCCAGAGCUCACCAAACUCCUCAACGACGAAGACCAGGUCGUGGUGAAUAAGGCAGCUAUGAUCGUGAACCAGCUGACCUGCAAGGAGGCGUCCCGUCGGGCUCUGAUGCAGUCCCCGCAGAUGGUGGCCGCUGUUGUGAGAGCCAUGCAGAACACGUCCAACAUGGAGACGACCCGCGCCACAGCCAGCAUCCUGCACAACCUUUCGCACCAGCGCGAGGGGCUGCUCGCCAUCUUUAAAUCAGGAGGCAUUCCAGCUCUGGUGCGCUUGCUGAGUUCUCCAAUGGAUUCAGUUCUUUUCUAUGCCAUCACCACCCUGCACAACCUGCUUCUGCAUCAGGAGGGAGCCAAGAUGGCGGUGCGUCUGGCUGAUGGUCUGCAGAGGAUGGUUCCCCUGCUGAAGAAAACCAACCCCAAGUUCCUGGCCAUCACCACAGACUGCCUACAGCUGCUUUCCUAUGGCAACCAGGAGAGCAAGCUGAUUAUCCUGGCUAACGGUGGCCAUGAGGGUCUAGUGAGUAUCAUGAGGACUUACAACUAUGAGAAGCUGCUCUGGACCACUAGCCGUGUGCUCAAAGUGCUCUCUGUCUGUCCUAGUAACAAACCUGCUAUUGUGGAUGCUGGUGGAAUGCAAGCUCUUGGUAAGCAUCUGAACGGCUCUAGUCAACGUCUGAAUCAAAACUGCCUGUGGACCUUGAGAAACUUGUCAGACGCUGCAACCAAACAGGUCAAUAUCUAACAUCCAACACAUCUUUCACACA